AUGACGAUAUUGACCUUCUAUUUUGUUCUGAUUUACCGGAUUUUGUGGAGUGGUGAUCUUAUGUGUAGGGGCUUGGAGAGAGAGAGAGAGAGAGAGAGAGAGAGCAGAAUCGAACAAAAAUCUCGAAAGAUCGAGAGCUUAUCAUCUAGGUACAAGACAGUCGAAGCUCUAAAAACUGCUCUCGAAGGCUCGCCUCUCAACACCAAAGACGAGCGCUGCAAGUCUGCAAAUUGGAUAAUGGUGCAUAGAGCUAUUGUGGCUAUAAAAGAUGUGGAUGCAAUGUUUUCUUCUUUGGAUCCCGAGUACAAUGACAUUCUCAUGAAGUUUGGCUUAGACGUCACAAUGGAGAGGAAGGCCCGUGACAAUGACAGUGAGCUCGAGACGAUGGCUAUUUCGACAGCGAUGAGCUGA